AUGGGAUCAUCCGUGGCGAAGGCACUCAAGGACGAUUCGGACAGCGACGAAGAUGAUCGCGUAGGGGAUAACGUGCUGGAGGACAUAAACGACAAGCUGGCGCACACGACUGAGAGCUUGGCGGAGGCGAUGGAGCGCAGACGCAAGGAGCAGGUAAUCACUGAUACGCGAAGGGCAGGCGAACGCAUGCGCAAGAAGUACCAUCUCGACCACAAGCAGGACACGCGCGACGAUGACUCUGAAGACAGAGACAGAAAGGCAAAGAAGAACAAGAAGGUGAAGACGCACUCUGGAUCCACAAAAUCGACAUCACACCACGAUAAUCCGAGCCCCAAGAAGAAAUCGGAGGAGCUGCCGGCCACGGUGUUGCUGGGGUCGUCCAUCUCCUCGUCCCUGUCCACCAACGACGUGGUCAUCCACGACAAGCUCUCCAACUCCGGUGGGCCGCAGAGCCCCACCAAGGCCGGGAUCAUCCCUGUGCAGCCGGGUAAGUUGUCCGCGUUCAUCUCCAGCCAAGCUACAGCCGAGCUAUCCAAAGGCCAGACGAAAUCGUCGCCCAAGACCGAGGAACCCCGGCCCUCCCGGCGUUCCGUUCUCGACAAGAAGAAGACAAAGACGCUGCCUUCGCUCGAUCAGGCCAUGCUCCAGUCACAGAUCAACGACCCGUACGGCAUGGGCGUGUCGACCUAUUUCCGCACGAUGAACAAUCUCCUGCACGCCCUGGAGCUCAAGGACGACGCCAUCCACCAAGUCGAGGACCUGAUCACCAAGCACCGAUACAUUCCCUCGCUGGAGGAGAAGAAGCUGAUGCAGCCCAUUCCGCUCCAAGCCCAGAACAGGCUCAUCUAUGUCGAGCUUCAGAAGCGAAAUGUGUAUGUGGACCUGCACGGCCUCUUGUCCACGCCGCUCAACCACAUCGCCGGCUACGAGACCCUCAUCAUGUCGCUGGUGGAUAGCACGCCCGUGGGACACAAGGACCAUCGUUCGCUGUCGCACUGCUUCUCCAUCAUUUCGGGCACGUCGCGGUACAUUCGGGACUGCAUCGCCUCGGCCGACAACAUCCGCAACAUGCAGGCCAUCCAAGACAAGCUCCUCAAGGAAAAGGACAAGCCGCAGCUGCUGAUUGCGAGCGACCACCAGCGCCGGGUGGUGAAGGACGGCCCGUGCAUCAUCAUCAGCCAGCCCGCCGAGAAGGAGAAAAAGAAGAAGGACAAGGAGCGCAAGGGUUACUUGUUUGCGUUCAACGACAUUCUGUUGGUGACGCGGUCGGCCAAGGGCGGCUACAAGGUGAUCGACCGGCUCGACAUGGACCAGACCAAGCUCGAGGAGCUGGCCGACUCGUCGGACAGCUUCCCCAUCGCCCUCACCCAGAACAACCGCAGAUACGUCUUCGCCAUUCCCACUCUCAUCGAAAAGGUGGUGUGGGUGACGGAGCUGAAGCGCACGAUCGGUUACUACGAGAAGACCAAGAUUUUCGGCGCCCCGCUGUCCCGGUUGUGCGACACGAAGUCGGGCGUGCCGGCCAUCGUCGAGCGCCUUGCGGCCCACCUCGAAGCCGCCAAAGCCUACGAGAUAGUGGGCAUCUUCAGGAUUUCGGGGAACAUUUCCAACAUCAACUUCCUGCGCGACACCAUCGACCGAGCCGGCAUCGGCAAGGAGGACGACGUCAACCUCGCCAUGAGCAACGUGCACGACGUCUCCAGCGUCUUCAAACUCUUCUUCAGGGAGAUGCCGGAGCCGCUGCUGACGUACGGGCUGUACGACCCGGUGCUGCGUCUGAUGGCGAGCCACACGCCCGAGGCGACGGAGAAGACGCUGGCCGAGAUGGCCAAGCUGCUCAAGGGCCUCCCCAAGUGCAACCUGCAGCUGCUCUUCUGGCUGCUGCGGUACCUCAACAAGUACCUCCAGUACUCCGAGCAGAGCAAGAUGACCAGCUCCAACAUCUCCAUCGUCUUCUCGCCCAAUCUCUGUCGGCCGAAGCAGGAGACGAUCGAGUACUCGCUGCAGCUGGAGAAGGUCAACAACGCGUUCGAGCUGAUGAUCAACCAACACCAGCAGCUCGCCGCUAUCGUCAACCCCUGA